AUGUCGAACGUUUUCUUCCCCUUCUCCAAGGCGCCUUUGCGCACCAUCAAGGAGAUUCAGUUUGGUCUUUUCUCUCCCGAGGAAAUCAAACGCAUGAGUGUGGUCAACAUUCUAUACCCUGAGACUAUGGAUGAACAACGCCAGCGCCCUCGUGCUAACGGUAUCAACGAUCCGCGCCUCGGUACCAUCGACCGCCAGUACAACUGCGAGACUUGUGAAGAGGGACCCAAGGAGUGCCCUGGUCACUUCGGUCAUAUCGAACUCGCUUCACCUGUGUUUCACAUUGGUUUCUUAACAAAGAUCAAGAAAGUUUUGGAGACGGUCUGCCACAACUGUGGAAAGAUCAAAGCCAACACGUCUGAUUCGAAAUUUUUGGAAGCUCUUCGUAUGCGAGACCCGAAACGACGCUUCGAUCAUAUCUGGAGACUUUCCAAGGACGUGCUGGUCUGUGAGGCCGACCCAUCACCCGACGAUGAUGAGUUCGCAAAGGAGUCCCAGAAGGCCAACUUCCACGGUGGCUGCGGUAAUGCUCAGCCCACGGUUCGGAAGGACGGUAUCACUCUCGUAGGCACGUGGAAGCCCAGCAAGGCUAUGAUGGAGGACGAGAUGGCACAGCCCGAGAAGAAGACUAUCACCCCCUUGAUGGCUCUCAACAUCUUCCGAAACAUCUCCCACGAAGACGUCCGCAUCAUGGGUCUGAGCAACGACUACGCUCGUCCCGAAUGGAUGCUCCUCACCGUUCUUCCUGUCCCGCCACCCACCGUCCGCCCCAGUGUUAUGAUGGGAGCCACGAGCGGCUCUCGUGGUGAGGAUGACUUGACCUAUAAACUUGCUGAAAUUGUGCGUGCGAACCAGAACGUUCAGCGCUGCGAAGUGGAGGGUGCCCCCGAGCACGUCAUUCGUGAAUUUGAGUCCUUGUUGCAGUACCACAUCGCCACCUACAUGGAUAACGACAUUGCUGGUCAACCAAAAGCUAUGCAGAAGGGAAAUCGACCAGUGAAGGCUCUUCGAAGCCGUCUUAAGGGUAAGGAAGGUCGUCUGCGACAGAACUUGAUGGGUAAGCGAGUCGAUUUCUCGGCACGUACCGUCAUUACUGGUGAUCCCAACCUGUCCCUUGAGGAGGUUGGAGUUCCCUACUCGACCGCAAAGAUUCUGACCUACCCGGAGGUCGUGACUCCGUACAACAUUGAGAAAUUGCAGUACCUAGUUUCUAACGGCCCUAAUGUGCACCCUGGUGCCCGAUACAUCGUGCGUGACAACGGCGAGCGAAUUGAUCUUCGCCAUGCCAAGCGUGCUGGUGCGCAACAGCUGCUCUACGGCUGGAAGGUCGAGCGUCACAUUGACAACGGCGAUGUCAUUCUGUUCAACCGUCAGCCUUCCCUCCACAAGGAGUCCAUGAUGGGUCACCGUGUUCGCGUCAUGCCUUUCUCGACUUUCCGAAUGAAUCUUUCAGUCACAUCUCCUUAUAACGCCGAUUUCGAUGGUGACGAGAUGAACUUGCACGUCCCGCAGAGUGAGGAGGCCCGCGCAGAGCUUUCUGAGCUUGCUCUCGUUCCAAAGAAUAUCGUCUCUCCUCAGCGUAACGGUCCCCUUAUGGGUAUCGUCCAGGAUACUCUCUGCGGUAUCUACAAGGUUUGCCGUCGUGAUGUCUUCCUCUCCAAGGAUCAGGUCAUGAACAUCAUGCUCUGGGUCCCAGACUGGGAUGGUGCCAUCCCCCCUCCCGCCAUUCUGAAACCUCGCCCGCGUUGGACCGGAAAGCAGAUGAUUAGUAUGGCGUUCCCUACUGGACUCAACCUUCUGCGUAUCGACAAGGACAGCUCGCCACUAUCUGAGAAGUUUAGUCCUCUUAAUGAUGGCGGCCUGCUCAUUCAUGGUGGUCAGCUCUUGUACGGCAUGCUCUCCAAGAAGACCGUCGGCGCUAGCGGCGGCGGUGUCAUUCACACCAUUUUCAACGAGUAUGGACCGGACACUGCUGUGAACUUCUUUAAUGGUGCCCAGAGAAUCGUCAACUACUGGCUUCUGCACAAUGGUUUCAGUAUCGGUAUCGGUGAUACGAUUCCUGAUCGGAACACUAUUGACAAGAUCGAGGAGGCUGUCCGUGAGCGCAAGCGGGAGGUCGAAGAGAUCACUGCUAGCGCUACUGACAAUACCCUUGAGGCUUUGCCUGGUAUGAAUGUCCGUGAAACCUUUGAGAGUAAGGUUUCACGUGCCCUCAACAACGCUCGUGACGAGGCUGGUGCUGCCACCGAGAAGUCUCUGAAGGAUUUGAACAAUGCUAUUCAGAUGGCGCGUUCUGGUUCCAAGGGUUCCACCAUCAACAUUUCCCAGAUGACUGCAGUUGUGGGACAACAGUCCGUGGAAGGAAAGCGUAUUCCAUUUGGUUUCAAGUACCGCACUUUGCCGCACUUUACCAAGGAUGAUUAUUCUCCCGAGUCCCGCGGUUUCGUCGAGAACUCUUACCUCCGUGGUCUGACUCCGACUGAAUUCUUCUUCCACGCCAUGGCUGGUCGUGAGGGUCUGAUUGAUACCGCCGUCAAAACUGCCGAAACUGGUUACAUCCAGCGUAAGCUGGUCAAGGCUCUAGAAGAAGUCAUGGUCAAGUAUGAUGGUACUGUCCGUAACUCUCUUGGUGACGUUAUUCAGUUCAUUUACGGAGAAGAUGGUCUUGAUGGUGCCCACAUUGAGAACCAGCGUGUUGAUAUCAUUCGAUGCUCCGAUGAGAAGCUCCGGGAACGCUUCCGAGUAGAUGUCAUGGAUCCCGAGCGUACCAUCGGCCCUGAGUUGUUGGAGCAAGCCAACGAGAUCGCAGGUGACUCGGAAGUCCAGAGAUACUUCGACGAGGAGUGGGAAGCGAUUGUCAAGGACCGCGACUUCCUGCGCACUGUGGCCAAGGAGGACGAGGAAAUGAUGCAGCUUCCCAUUAAUAUUCAGCGUAUUUUGGAAAUGGCUCGAACCACUUUCAGGAUUCGUGAGGGCACUAUCAGUGAUCUCCACCCUACCGAGGUCAUUCCUCAAGUCCAGGACCUCCUCGAACGCCUGGUGGUUGUCCGUGGUGAUGAUCCAAUUUCGCGCGAGGCCCAGACGAACGCAACUCUGCUGUUUAAGGCUCAGUUGCGUAGCCGUCUUGCUUUCCGCCGUCUGGUUACAGACUACUCUCUGAACAAGCUUGCGUUCCAGCAUGUUCUGGGCGCCAUUGAGAUGCGUUUCGCACGUGCUCAAGCCAACCCUGGCGAGAUGGUUGGCGUUCUUGCAGCACAGUCCAUUGGUGAGCCCGCCACGCAGAUGACUUUGAACACUUUCCACUUUGCUGGUGUGUCGUCUAAGAACGUUACUCUUGGUGUUCCUCGUCUCAAGGAAAUUCUUAACGUUGCCACCAACAUCAAGACCCCGUCUAUGACUGUUUACCAGGAAAGCCACAUGACAGGUGUAAAGGAGGGUGCCAAGUUGUUGCGCAGUGUCGUCGAGCACACCAGCUUGCGCUCUGUUACUGAGGCCACUGAGAUCUACUAUGACCCUGAAAUCCAGUCUACUGUGAUCGAGAACGAUCGGGAUAUGGUCGAGUCCUACUUCAUCAUUCCCGAAGAAGCCGGCGAGGACAUUGCUCACCAGUCCAAGUGGCUGCUCCGUAUUAUCCUCAGUCGACCCCAGCUGCUGGAUAAGGGUCUUACUGUGCAGGAUGUUGCCUCGAAGAUCAAGCAGGCCUACCCUCGGGAUAUCGCUGUCAUUUUCAGUGAUAACAACGCCGACGAGCAGGUCAUCCGUAUUCGUCAGAUCCAGGAUCACAAGGAUGAUGACGAUGAUGAUGUCGAGUACGACGUGACCCUGAAAAAGCUGGAGCAGCACUUGCUCGAUACUCUGACUCUUCGUGGAGUCCCUGGCGUUGAACGUGCUUUCAUCAACGAGAAGAGCAAGGUCCGUGUCCUCGAGGACGGUACUCUUUUCACCAGCAAGUCAGAUCCUCUUUGCAAGGAGUGGGUUCUUGAAACCAGCGGCUCUUCCCUGGCACCGGUCCUUGCAAUUCCUGGUGUUGAUGCUACUCGAACCUACUCCAAUCAGUUCAUCGAGAUUUUCGAGGUCUUCGGUAUUGAGGCUGCCCGUACUGCUGUGCUCCGUGAGUUGACUCAGGUGCUGGCUUUCGACGGUUCCUACGUCAACCACCGUCACUUGGCUCUCCUUGUCGAUGUCAUGACCGUUCGUGGUUACUUGACUCCUGUCACCCGUCACGGUAUCAACCGUGCCGAUAACGGUGCGCUUAUGCGUUGUUCAUUCGAAGAGACCGUGGAAAUUCUACUUGAGGCAGCCGCUUUCGGAGAGUUGGAUGACUGUCGUGGUGUUUCCGAGAACUUGAUUCUGGGACAGAUGGCCCCCGCUGGAACGGGAGAGUUUGAUGUCUAUCUGGAUCAGUCCUUGCUCAACACUGUUGUCUCCAACCCUCGCGGCCCUAUGAUCGACGACAAGGGUAUGGGUCCCACCGGUGCUUCUACCGAGUACGAUACUGGUUCGCCCAUGGCCAGCUCGCCUUCCAUGGUUACUGGAGAUCCGGACGCAAGCUUUUCUCCUAUCCGCCAGCCCGGCGCAGAGACUCCCGGAGGCUUCAGCCACUAUCGUCCAAACCCGGAUGGCUAUGGUGGAUUCAGCCCGGGCGCGCGCAGCCCCGGCGCUUACUCCCCAACCAGCCCCUUCAACACCAGCCCGACGUCUCCUGGCUACUCGCCAACUUCGAGUUACUCGCCUACGUCCCCUGGUAUCGGUUUGACCAGUCCGGGCUUCGUGACUUCUCCUGGUUUCUCGCCUUCAAGCCCGAGCUUCAACCCGACGUCUCCGGCAUACUCGCCCACGUCGCCUGCAUAUGGAGCCUCACCCACGUCUCCAUCUUACUCUCCCACUUCGCCCGGCUUUUCGCCGACUUCGCCAAACUACAGCCCGACGUCCCCAAGCUUCAGCCCCGCUUCCCCGGCUUUCAGCCCGACGUCGCCCAGCUACAGUCCCACGAGCCCAGCUCUUGGUGGCGGCCGGCACUUGUCCCCUACAUCGCCCACUUCACCCAAGUACACUCCAACUUCGCCUGGGUGGUCUCCUACUAGUCCCCAGUCUUACUCCCCGACCUCUCCCAACUUCUCUGGUUCCCCGACGUCACCCGGCUACAGCCCGACUUCUCCGGCUUACAGCCCAACGUCUCCCCGCCAGUGA